AUGUAUCUCCCGCGCUCUCUCAUCUCCAAGCUCUAUACCCACCUCCAGAGAACCCGCCACCCGCUCUCUCCGCCCGUCCUCAUCCUGGUCGCCCUCGAACCCGACGCCCUCUGCGCCUGCCGAAUCCUCACGCGCCUCCUCAAGCAUGACUACAUCCAGCACAAAAUCCAGCCCAUCGCGGGGUAUUCGGACCUCGAGCGCGCCGGAGAGAGGCUCGUACAGCCCAUGAUGGAAUGUCGAGGUGGUAGCGGUGGUGUCGUCGUGUGUCUAGGCGUUGGCGGCAUGACGGACCUCGCGAGUCUUUUGGGUCUCGAGCAGGAGGAUGGCGUGUUUAGUGGUGUUGAGGUCUGGCUUCUAGACGCGCAUAGGCCGUGGAAUUUGGCCAAUGUUUUCGGUGGAUUCCCGAUUGAUCCCACUACCGCCGAGGAAACAGAGUCUAGGUUUCCUAGCGGCGCGGAGGGAGGAAGGAUAGAGAAGGCGUAUAAGCCGGGAAAAGGGGGGAUAAUAGUUUUUGACGACGGGGAUAUUGAGGAUGAUUUGCAGGCGGAGAAAGACGCGUAUUUGACACUUUUGGAUAUGCCCGAUGUGGCGGAUGAUGACGGGGACGACUUGGGCGAGACCGAGGAGGAGAGUGAGGCCGAGGAGGAGGAAGAAGAAGAGGAACAGGACGAAUUGGUGCGUGCGGGGCGGAAGAGGAAAAGUUGGUCAGAUCGUGAGGAGGAUGAAUUUAGCGAUGAGGAGGAUAGGCCUGCGCAGAGGCGGAGAAGUAACUCGUCGAGCUCUAUACCAGAAUCACCGCGCCGGCCACAGGGCAGGGGUCUAAUAUCCAUCCGGGAGCAAAGUGCAGUAACGUCGAGUUCGGCCGAUGUCAACAGCGAGCCCCCAACAAGGACGAAACAGCCGUCAGCGAGAGCUCUAAGGCGGAAAUUCCUCCGUUUAAGAGACGAAAAAGAAACCAUUAUCCAAAAGUACUACAGGAUGGGCACGUCCUUCUCCGAACCCAUAUCGUCCAUGAUGUACUCCCUCGCAUCCGAGCUUGGCCGCGAAGACAACGACCUCCUAUGGUUCGCCAUCGUCGGCGUCACCUCGAUGGAACUCUACGGCCGCUCCUCAGCCGGCAUCGCCGUGCCCGUGCGCGGCAACGAACGCAACCGAGCAGCUGGCUGGCUCGGCAUCCGCGGCGCGCGAAUCCGCCAACUCCUCCGCGACGAAGUCCGACGUCUCAACCCGCCAGACGUCACCAACGGCCGCGUUUCCCCCGAAAACUCGGGCAUCAUCCCGACGACGGCGAGCAGCCCCGAGGACACGAGCAUCCGGUUGUCUCCCGAGCCGAAGUUCCUCCUCAUCCGCCAUUGGUCCCUGUACGAUAGCAUGCUGCACUCGCCGUACCUGUUCUCGCGCCUAAAGACGUGGAGUGACACGGGGCUAAAGCGCCUGCAUAAGCUCCUUGCUAAGAUGGGUGUUAGCCUCGUGCAGUGCAAGCAGAGCUAUACGCACAUGGACAUGAUGCUUAAGCGCGAGCUGCGCGCUAAACUACUAAAGUACGCGUCUUUGUAUAACCUCGAUGAUAUGGUGCCGUCGGUAGAUACGGACGGAAAGGAUCGUGGGGGCGCGAAGGACGGUUGGGGGUUCGUGAGGAGUUGGGGCUGGCGCGCGACGUUGUCGGCGCAGGAUGUUGGUGUCGUCAUCGGUGCCUUGCUGGAAGUUGGAAAGCACGGCGGUGGCGGUGGGGAUGGUGGUCAUGCCAUUCCCGCGGGUGGUCCCUCAUCACAGAUUGUGGAGGAGAGUGCUGCUGAUGCGCUGGCUGCGAGGAGUGAGGAGUGGGUUUCUCGGUUCUGGGAAGCCUACGACGCGUUGGAUGACAUCGACUCCCUCAAAGCUGGUCUCCCAACAGCGCAGUUCCUCCACCGCGCCAUUUACCGCACAGGGACAUCCCUCAUCCAAAAGAAGCAAAUCAAACACCUCCGCGCCUUCCGCCUCUGCGUCGUCAAGGACGGACCCGACGUCGCACUCUUCAACCACCCCGCGGCGCUGACCAAGUUGGCUCUCUGGAUCGGCGAGGCCCUCCUCGAGCAGGAGCGCGAGGCGACGGGUAAGCUCUCCCACGGCGGGCGAGGCACACCGCUCGUGGUGGCCAGCCUAGACGAGAAGCAAGGCCUCUACGUCGUCGUGGGCACGGGCGGCGGCGGCGGGCCAGACACGGUGUUUCUGAACAAGGAGGCGGCGAAGAGGCGGAAGAAGGAGAAGGAGGAAAAAGCUAAGCGGCGCGAGGCGGAUAGGAAGGCGAAGGAAAAGAUAAGGGAGGAGAAGAAGGCUGCGAAGGAGGCUGCUGGGGAGGACUACGACGAGGAGCUUGAGACAGAGUCGGAGGGCGAGGAUGUUUCGGAAUCGGAAGAGGACGACUCUGAGGAUGAGGAUGAUGUUGGAGGAGGAAAGGGGAGGGGGUAUGGGUUGAAUCGGUUCGGGACGGCGUUUAAUGAUGUUAUUUCGGAUACAGGGGCGAGGGUGAGGGUGGACAGUUUUGAGCAUUGCGUUGUGGAGGUGAAGAAGGAGGAUCUCGGCGGUUUCCUUGAGAGUCUGAGCAUGAAGGCUGUGGUGGGAUGA